AUGCCGCCUUACAGAGAGCUGCCAGAGAGUGUUCUUAAAUACUGCGACCAUCUUCACGGCAAAUGGUACUUUUCUGAAAUUAGAGCAAUAUUUUCGAGAAGAUAUCUUCUGCAAAAUGUCGCGAUUGAAAUUUUUCUUGCAAGUCGAACAUCAAUUUUAUUUGCCUUCCCUGAUCAGGCGACCGUUAAAAAGGUUAUUAAAGCUCUGCCAAGAGUCGGCGUCGGAAUUAAGUAUGGAAUUCCACAAACGAGGAGAGCGAGCAUGAUGUCGCCCAGGCAGCUCAUGAGGAACUCCAACAUGACCCAAAAAUGGCAACGAAGAGAAAUUUCCAAUUUUGAGUACUUGAUGUUUUUGAAUACCAUUGCGGGUCGUACCUACAACGAUUUAAAUCAAUAUCCAGUAUUUCCUUGGGUUCUUACGAACUAUGAAAGCAAAGAACUUGAUCUAAGCCAACCUAAUAACUACCGAGAUCUAUCCAAACCAAUCGGCGCAUUAAAUCCGAACCGGCGAGCGUAUUUCGAGGAGAGAUACUCCAGUUGGGAGCACGAAAGUAUACCGCCAUUCCACUAUGGAACGCACUACUCGACCGCAGCGUUUGUUCUUAAUUGGCUGAUACGCGUCGAGCCUUUGACCACCAUGUUCUUGGCGCUUCAAGGUGGAAAAUUUGAUCACCCCAACAGGCUGUUUUCGUCCAUUGCGCUUUCGUGGAAAAACUGUCAGCGCGACACGUCUGAUGUUAAAGAAUUAAUCCCGGAAUUCUUCUUUUUACCCGAAAUGUUCGUAAAUUCGAAUCGUUACAGGCUGGGAGUGCAGGAAGAUGGUAACACGGUGGGGGACGUCGAGCUUCCACCUUGGGCGGGUACCCCAGAAGAGUUUGUGCGCAUCAACAGAAUGGCGCUCGAAUCCGAAUUCGUAUCCUGUCAACUACACCAAUGGAUUGACUUAAUAUUUGGUUACAAACAGAAAGGACCCGAGGCGAUUAGGGCCACGAAUGUGUUUUAUUACCUUACCUAUGAAGGUAGUGUGGAUAUGGAUUCCAUCCACGACAGCGUGAUGAAGGAGGCGAUUGAAAACCAAGUAAGAAACUUUGGGCAAACGCCCUCGCAACUACUGAUGGAGCCGCAUCCACCGAGGAGUUCAGCCAUGCACUUGUCACCAAUGAUGUUCUCGAGCAUACCGGAUGAUGUAUGUAUGACGAUGAAGUUCCUUUCCAACUCGCCGAUCGUGCACAUUUCCGCAAAUACGUAUACGCAGUUGCCUUUGCCUUCCGUAGUUACAGUCACAAUGCACCAGCAGUUCGCUGUAAAUCGGUGGAACUCCAGCUAUGCCGCGGUUGCACAAUCCCCGAGUUUCGCGGAUACACCGCAGAAUCAGUCGGCAAACUUACCUCUGUCAAUGGAUCCCGUACUUUCGCAAACGAAUAACAGUACAAAUCCGAUGCUUAGACGACACUUAGGCGACAACUUCAGUCAAAAUUUAAAAAUACGCUCAAACUGCUUCGUUACAACCGUCGACAGUCGAUUUUUGCUAGCUUGCGGAUUCUGGGACAACAGCUUUCGGGUAUUCUCAACGGAGACGGCCAAAAUUGUUCAAAUUAUUUUCGGUCAUUACGGCGUCGUCACGUGUCUAUCGCGAUCCGAGUGUAACAUUACUUCAGAUUGCUAUAUCGCGUCUGGAUCGGCCGACUGCACCGUGCUGCUGUGGCAUUGGAACGCGAGGACGCAGACUAUUGUUGGAGAAGGCGAAGUGCCGACUCCCAGGGCGACGCUGACUGGGCACGAGCAACCGGUGAGCAGUGUCGUAAUAUCCGCAGAACUCGGGCUUGUCGUUUCAGGAUCAUAUAGUGGACCUGUUUUGGUUCAUACAACCUUCGGCGAUCUACUGCGGUCUCUAGAUCCUCCUACGAAUUUUAUUUCUCCAGAAAAUAUAGCUAUGUCGCGUGAAGGCGUUAUAGUUGUUAAUUACGAAAAAGGACACAUAGCCGCCUUCACUAUAAAUGGAAAGCGAUUGCGACACGAGUCGCACAAUGAUAAUCUACAGUGCCUAUUAUUAAGCCGAGAUGGAGAAUAUUUAAUGACAGGUGGAGAUAAGGGCAUAGUAGAGGUUUGGAGAACGUUUAACUUGGCUUUGUUAUAUGCCUUUCCAGCGUGUGAUAGUAGCGUUAGGUCCCUUGCGUUGUCACAUGAUCAAAAGUUUCUGCUAGCUGGUCUAGCGUUAGGCUCUAUAGUGGUAUUUCACAUUGAUUUUAAUCGGUGGCACCACGAAUUCCAACAGCGUUAUUGACUAUAAGAAAGUACUUACACGGUUUUUAAUAAUUCUCAUAAUUAUUAUUCCAUUCAAUUGUUGUAGUAUAUUUAAUAUUUUUAGCACUUUGACUUAAUUUUGUGCAAUAUUUUAAUAUUAACAAAAGUAACUAAAAUAGUUAUAUAGAUCCUCUUUUGGUUGUUACAAGUUCAAUCAUAGUAAUAGGUCUUAAUAGUUAUGCUUUAAGUAACGUAUUUACUUACGGUGUAGUAUGCAUUUGAUAUGUUGUAUUUUAGCGUUAAGGGUAAAAAAUUCGAGUCAAUCUUUAAAGAAGCUGGCUUAUCGUGAGCACGACAUGUAGCAUUUGCUUGCAGCUUGCACAAGUAAAAAAAAA